AAGCGCUCUGGGUGUCAGCAGGGAGGGUACGUGGAGCGGAGCUAACACGCGCCCGUGAGAAAGCAGCUUCUCCCGGAGCCGGCGCUGCGUGCUGCGCUCAGUCCCCUGUUCCCGGGCUUGGAGCGGAGGGGGCCGGAGCGGAGCUGGCGAUUGGGCUGGGGCUGAGUGGGUGGCGGCCACUCCCGGCUCUGCCGCCGCCUCAGGAGGCUGAACUCUGCUCCUCAGCCCGCUCCCGCCUCCCGCUCCCUCCGCCCUCGCCUAGUGCGGAGCAGCGCCGCGGCGAGUGUUCAAGGUGGCACGGCGGGGACCUGCGCUCCCAGGCGGCGCGGGGAGGGAGAGGCACAUGCCGCCCCCCGGGCGCCCCUUCUCCUGCCUUCCGGAGCGGCCGAGCAGGCGGCGGCAGGGCGGGGGCCGGAUCCCCAAGGCGCGGACCCGCUGAGCUGCCGGGAAGAUGCUUUCUUGUCCCCCCAGAGACAGUUGCUGCUUUACCCCCAGACCUGUCUGACUUUAGUGGAGAGAUCAUGACUGAAGUCCUCUUUUCAGCUGUUUUGAAUGGGACUGAAAGCAACAUUCUGUCAAACACUGGCUGGACUCUAGGAAAUGCCACUACCAAAUGUUCCCUAACCAAAACCGGCUUCCAGUUCUAUUACCUGCCCACUGUCUACAUUCUAGUCUUUAUCUCUGGAUUCCUGGGCAAUAGUGUGGCGAUCUGGAUGUUUGUCUUCCACAUGAGGCCUUGGAGUGGCAUCUCAGUUUACAUGUUUAAUCUGGCAUUAGCUGAUUUCUUGUAUGUCUUGACACUCCCUGCCCUCAUCUUUUAUUACUUCAAUAAAACCGACUGGAUCUUCGGAGAUAUCAUGUGCAAACUGCAAAGGUUCAUCUUCCAUGUGAACCUGUAUGGCAGCAUUUUGUUUCUGACUUGCAUCAGUGUACACAGAUACACAGGGGUAGUGUAUCCUUUGAAAUCACUUGGGAGACUGAAGAAAAAGAAUGCUGUUUACAUCAGUACCCUUGUUUGGGUCAUUGUUGUAGCUGGGAUUUCUCCUAUAUUGUUCUACUCUGGAACUGGGCUAAGGAGAAAUAAAACCAUUACCUGUUAUGAUACUACAACUGAUGAUUAUCUGAGAAGUUACUUCAUUUAUAGCAUGUGCACCACUGUGUUUAUAUUCUGCAUCCCAUUCAUAUUGAUUCUUGGUUGUUAUGGACUAAUAGUGAAAGCUUUGAUUUACAAGGAUUUGGACAAUUCUCCUCUUAGGAGAAAAUCAAUUUACCUGGUUAUUAUUGUGUUGAUGGUCUUUGCCGUGUCUUAUCUUCCCUUUCAUGUGAUGAAGACAUUGAAUCUAAGAGCCAGACUGGAUUUUCAGACUCCACAAAUGUGUGCCUUCAAUGACAAAGUAUAUGCCACUUACCAAGUGACAAGGGGGUUAGCUAGUCUCAACAGCUGUGUAGAUCCUAUUCUGUAUUUUUUGGCAGGUGAUACCUUUCGAAGUAGACUUUCAAGGGCAACCAGAAAAGCGUCUAGAAGAAGUGAGCUCAAUGUGCAAUCAAAAAGCGAGGAAGUGACUCUCAAUAUUUUAGCAGAAUAUAAAGUGAAUGGAGACACGAGUUUGUGAAUGCAAAAGAUUUGCAAGCAGUUGCAAAAAACAAAACAAAACUGUCCGUUUUUAACACAGUUAGAUGCUCUAGUGCCAUGACUGUUUGGGGAAAAUCUACUGAACUGGCCAGCAAGCUUGCUCUUUUUGUCUCAGGGGGUGUCUCAUUUUGUGAGUUUAAGGAGAACUUAAGCAAAGUGUAAAAAAAAAAAAAAAAUUAAUCUUAAUGGGGGGCAAAAAUACAUCAGACAUCUGUUUUUACCUUUUUUAAAAAUGCUCACAAUAGUAUAUCUUCCUGACUGGUGUCAGAUAAAAUAAGACAAAGCAAAUCCCAUAGAGGAAAAAAUAGUUUCAAAUGUGCUGCUGUUAUUAAUUAUUUUCUCUCCAUUAAUAAUAACAGAUUUUAAAAAAAUUAAAUCUCCAAGAAAAAUAAACUUCUUUUCUGGGCCUCUGACCAUACUUCCAUCCAUAGUCUCUUCUUUUACACUUACACUGUAAAAAAUUGUUUACAUUAAGAUCAUGUUGCAGAAAUCUUGAACAUUAUCUUGUGAUUUCUGUAUCUUCUACUUUUGGAGCAAGUGAUAAUAUUUUGAUAGCUCAGUGGUGCCCUUUCUGGUUCUAUCUUCGCUGAAGGCUUGAUUCCUAUAAGGAUAGGUUCCAGGCUCAUGUGUAUUAUGACAGUCACAAAUUAUUGUGAUUGUACGUGAAAACUAAGGGUGAAAUUUUGGCAAUGUUGAAGUCAAUGCUAUUGAUUUUAGAGGGGCCAGAAUUUCACCCGGAUGUUUUGACACAGACUGAUGUUUAAUUUGCUUUUUGUGCAAGCAGCUACCUAUGCACGCACAAUCGCAGUACAUUUUGAGUGUAGAUAUCACCUACAAAUCUGAGUACAAAAAAUUGGCACUGUAUAUCUAAAUAUCCAAUAUUUUAGUCGUUGCUGAAGUAAAACUCUCAUUGUCUUCAGUGGAAAGAACCAAAUAAUGGACCUGAAUAAAGACUGCAGGAAUGGGCUCUGCUUGGGCAAAUGGCAGGACCAAAUUUAUAGAUUUGGAAGAUGCUUGCUUGCUCUUUAGAGUUACAAAUUUUGGCCAACACUUCACUGCAGCUCUGACACUCAGCAUCUGAUCCUGGAAGUUUGUGUGAAUUGUCUUAUGGGUAACAAACUCUAUUAUUGAAAACACUUCAAUUUUUAUCCACAUAAAAGUCAGAGAUAUUUGAAUUAUCUUAACCUUCAUUUGGUACAAGCAUUUUUCACUUUCUUAUCUUGUGUGAUAACACAAGCUGUUUCCCAGGCAAAUUCUUAUCAAAAUGGGUUAAAGAACAAUAAUUGUUGGAAUCAGGAAAAAAAAAGAUAAACUUCAUUUUUUUUUACUGUGAAUAAAGAAUUACUGUAUCAACAAAAUAUUGCAAUACACUGCCAAUAAUUUCAUGCUGCGGAGUGGGUAUCUUCAUAAUUUGUCUCACGCAAAUGUGUAAAAUGGUCACCUAAAAUUGGGCAGAAUAAUACAUUGUGUAAUGCAUCAGUCAGUGAGGAGUUGAGCACAGACAGAAUCUGUGGGGAACAGAACCUUAUUUAUUUCACAUGGAUAUUGUUUGAAAUGUGUCUGAAAGUAUUAUUGAAUCUGGUGCACAAAAUGGUAUGAUAUGUAAUCAGUAAAUGGUUUUAACAAAUCCUCAGCCCCCCCCCCAACUUUAUACUAGGAAUAAAAAUAAACUAUUUCUAUCUUGCUUAUUAAUUUCCAAGGACUGACGACAUGCAGAAAAUGAAUAGCUCUAGAUAUCUCCUGACUAAAUUGUUAAGCAGCUUACAUUCAGAAAUACAAAACGACUUAACCUGCAAAAACUAUUUAUUUAACUUAUUUAUUGGAAGACUAAGUACAAAUAUGAAGUGUUGUCUGAUAACAUUUUAAAUGAUUCUGUUUUCAUUUUCAUAAUUGAGCAUUAAUGGAAAAAAUAGAAUGGCAUGUUUGAAUUGUUGUAAUUGUACUCUAAUAGAACAUCUUUUAUAAUAAACUCUCAGAUCCAGCGCUGCAAGACAUUUUGGACUACCAUUUGCUGUUGAUAUGCAGUCUACACCUAAAUUAAGCUACUGUUUAGCAAGCAUAAUAUUUUACAGUAAUGCUAAAAAUCUCAUUUAAUCCUAUAAAUCCAAGAAAAUGUAGGGCAAAUGCAAAAAGUCAAGGCUAAUGUUCCUCUUUGUGACAAAACACUGUUGAAUGUACAGACCUUGGUUCUCAUUUAUAAGGCUAAGUCUACCUUAGAGACCUUACGGUGGCACAGCUAUACCGCUGUAGCUGAGCUGCUGUAAGAUCUCCUGUGUAGCUACUCUAUGCCGGUGGGAGAGAGCUUUCCCACCGACAUAGCUCUGUCCACACAGGCACUUUUGUCUGUGAAACUUGCUCCAUUUUCACACCCCUGACUGACAAAAAUUUUGCUGACAAAAGUGCUAGUGGAGACAAAGCCUAACGCUCCCUUACGCUGCCAGAGAAUGAGAAUCAAUCCCACAGUACAUGGUGUGUAACUGGUGGGCUUGGCAGAUGAAUUAAGGAUAGUGUCAGAAUGGAUUUGCAGACUGUGCAAUGAAUGGGUUUUUAUGGGUUUAAAAUCAUGUUAUUUUCACAGUUUUGUGGUCUUUUUUCUUUUUUCGUUCAGUUAGGGAAUAAAAUGUUGCAUCAAUUAGGGAAUAAAAUGUUGCACUAAUUGGGAACUUUUUGAAGCAUGAAACACACAUACUCAAUAGAUAGUCAAUCCUCAGAUUCAGAUAAGUCUGUAUUUAGAUACUUUAAAAAUAUAUAUAAUCAACCCACUUUUAUUUUUUUAAAUGUGUAUCAAAACUAUGCUAAACCUUUAUUGGCUAUUCAUUAAUGUAUAUUAGACCUUAGAAAUCAAGAGCAGCAACAAAAUUUUAGGGAUACAAUUUUAAGACAUAGGUACAGCUCAUAAUGAGGGGCAGGGAGGAUUUGCACAACUCCAUGGGAAACUCAAAGGCAGUAUUUACCCUUCUUAAGUGGCAGAAUGCCCGCCCCUCUGCUUCUUGGUGAGGUACACCAUUCUCUCUAAAGGACACUGGUUUCCAAACAUGGACUGUUUCUGUCCCUUCCACACAACAGUGGAAAGUUAAUUUUGACUCAUCUUGCCUGCAUAUACUCACUUAAGAGACCAACCCAAUACCUCACUAUUGUCCAUUGUGGUAAUAUUGCAUGUAAUGAGGAUUAUUUUUUAAAGGUGACUUGCAGAGGCAAGGCACCUCGUUCCAGUAACUUUAGCUCAGUUAUGCCCUGGAAGUUUCCAUGAUGCAGUUAGGAGGGGCAUUAAGUACAUUUUUAUCUUAAAACUUAUUCUCUUUUCCUUCUUUCAGGUCCUGUGACUACCAACAACCAGUACCUCCAUUCUAUUCUGAUGUGAGUCUCUGACAUGCACCAUUCUGAGAUGAUACAAGUACCACAACCACCACUGAGUUCAGCUGGAACAUGGAACUGGUCCACAGAAUCUCAUGUUAAGUCCCCACUUUUUUUUUUUUUUAACAUUACUAUAUUUGGCACACAUUCUGCGCCUCAGAUUAGAUAGAGCUACUACAAAAUUAUGGCACAGGAUAACAAGAGUUACUGUAACUCAGUGCUCCAACGUGACUACUUUGUACCUGCAACAUCACAGCAUGGUGUGUGUUGGGUAAUCACAUCUGAGGAGGAUCUGGGCUGGAUGUCGUGGGACCAGAAAUAAAUUGUUUUCUUGCUCAGUGUGGCAUAGCUCCUGGGGGAAUUUGCCAAAUAUAUUGGUAAAGACUACUGCCAUGUGGGAUGUAAUCUUAUUAAAAUAAAUUUAAUAGUAGUGAAAGGUAACCAGCCUGACAGGCCUUGAGACCAACGGACCCCCCCUCUAUCUAUUGGCAGCACUGGCAUCAGCAGAGAAAAUCCUCUAAACUGUCUCUCACCACAUCUCUCAUGCUGACCCUAGUGGAACCACUUCUAGGUAUGUGAGGCGAAUACAGUUUUCAUUUCCAUUCAGACCUUUGCUGACGCUGAUGCCAUUUAGUAACAAUGGUAAUAGUGGGCUUUGUAGUCCUGUUUACUAGGACCUGGACUCAGGUAAUCACCUCCUUACACAAAGUAUUCCUAACAGUACUGACUUAACUCUUUAGUGUGAUGGGCUGGGUUUGAACCUUAAGCCAGCUAUUUUCUCUUGGCAUCUUUGCUGGUAGUCGUCUAAAUAUUUAUUUAUUUAUUUAUGUAGACAUCCAUAAAAGCUCUUGAUAAACACUUUCUUUUUUAAUUACCUUUUAAAGAAAUGAAUAUUUGACCUAAACAGAGCUACAAUGAUCUAUACAGAAACAAAUGACUGUUCAUGGUAUAUUUGCGUUUUGUAACACCAUAGGGUCAAAUUUGCCUCAUUUAUGCCCAUGUGCUCCCAGGAGGGAUGUCUAAUACAAAAUGAAGCAACUGUAAUCUAGUUACUGUAUGUGGGCUAUAGGCACUUUGGAAACUUCAAUAGUUUGAUAUCUUGGGUAUUUAAAUUUGUUGUUUUUAAACUAUCAGAUUUGAGUCCAGUUUAUGCAUUAGUAGCGUAAUGAAAGUUUAAUUUUAAAGACACCAAGUGCCAAAUUUUGCCACUGAAUGUACAUGAGUAACGCCCAUUGAAUCUAGGGAUAGUUUCCUUUGUGCAUUUGAGGACAGAAUUUGGGAUUGAGUUAUUAUUUUAUAGAACAAUAUAAUAAGAAUGUUCUUAUAGCUCAGUGGGCUGAGCAUUAGCCUGCUAAACCCAGCGUUGUGAGUUCAAUCCUUGAGGGGGCCAUUUAG